AUGCGGGGGUCUGGCCGCAGCGCGCGGCAGUGUGGCGGCUGCCGUCGCGACACGUGUGACCCGGCCUGUGGCUCGCUCAGACGGGUGCCCAUCGCAGGUCGGCAUCCGUGCCUUGGAGUUCAGCAAGGGGGCGGGCUCGCUGAGAGGUUAUGUCGGCUGCAGAACAGAGAGAGAUCUGCCAUUAGCUUUUGGAGGCAUCGAUGUAUUUCAGAUGCUAAAAUCCCCUCAGGUAAGAAGUAUAAAUCUGGUGUCUUAAUUGUGAAGAUCUUAGAAAUUUUUGAGGAGUGUACAAUACAAGUUGCCAUCUGCCAGCAGCUGGAACAGUCUCCUGCUACGCUUUCAUCCGAGGAUGCUGUCAUCAGUGCCGGAGAACCGAUACUCAAAGUCCUCUUUGCGAGAGAGACAGCAGCUCACCUGAAGGGCAGGCCACAGGAUGUCAUCCACAUCUACCCUCCGUGGUUGUGCCUCCUUGUCCAGGACGCCUAUGGUAUGUUCAGUGAAGUGCAGUUGCAGUCCCUGAGUUCUGCAGAUGACAUUGAGCGGUACUGCAGGAGAUGGGAAGGAAAAUUCUGCUGCCUAGCUGGGAUGAAGAUUUUACAAAGAACCACAAGAGGAAGGGCAUUAGGACUUUUUAGUCUGAUAGACAGUCUGUGGCCUCCACUAGUGCCUGUAAAAGUUCCUGGACAAAGUCAAGACUCUGAAAUGAUGACAACCGAUCUUCCUCCUCCCAGCUUCUGUUAUAUUCUUACUGUUCAAUCUGGUGAAAUACAUGUGGAAGUGGAUGAGGAAGAACAGAUUUCUAAUUUGUACCAGCCACCAGCUGUUCAUAGUCUAAAGGAAAUUCUUCAGGUCGAUGGUUGUAAUGAGCGUUGUAGCUUUUGGGCGCAAGUGCUAUAUCUGAGGCUGCAGACAAAACACAGUGUUGCUAUAAAUCAAAAAGAGAUUUGGCUGUUUGUGACUGACUCCACACUGCAAAACGCCGUUCACAUGAUUCCAAAAGUUGUUGCUGUGUCAGUCGCUGCACCGUGUGUUCUCAGUACAGAAGUCACAGAAGCCCUCUGUGUUGCCUCGCGACUCGUCUUCUUCAAGGAUGCGCUGUGGGGAAAUGGUAGGAUUAUUUGUGUUGAACGUACUGUUCUCUUAUUACAAAAGCCUCUUUUGUCCUCGGCUGCUGGUGCUGACCUCAGUGAGCUGACUGGCCCUGUCAGACUCGAUGAGCUGGAUUCUACAACACAGGCCAACUCCAUUUGUGCUGUAAGAGGUACUGUUGUUGGAGUUAAUGAGAGCACUGCUUUCUCCUGGCCCACAUGCGACAGAUGUGGCAAUGGAAAGUUGGAACUGUGUCCCCAGGACAGAGGAUUGCUAUAUUGCAGCCAGUGCUCUGAAGUUGUCACUUCACCGGUUUUGAAAAUGCAGCUGGAAGUCUUCUUGAGUUGUCCGUCCCGAUCUCAAAGUACAGUAAAAGUAAAGCUGUUACAAAGGACAAUCUCUUCUCUCCUGAUGUCCUCCACCAAUGAGGAUGGGAGUUAUGAGGUGCAGAGCGUGCUGGGAAAGGAGGUGGGGUUACUGAACUGCUACGUCCGCUCCGUCACCAGCCACCCCAGCUGUGUUGGGCUGGAGGAAAUCGCUCUUCUGGAAGCAGCGAAGACCCGUGCAGGUCAGAGGAGGAGGAGUGAGUGGCUUUGCGCGGGUCCCGCCGUGCGAUUGCCCAGCGGAAAAGGAACAGCGAGCUGGUUGCUGCACCGAUGGUUCCUGCGGCUGAGGCCGGUCGUGGAAAGUCUUCUGUACGUCACGGUUACUACGGGAGUGACCCAGCUUUCGGGUCCCCCUUUUUUCCCCCUCCUCCAAGUCUUUCAGUCUCCUCACCUGCCUCCCCGUGAGGAGGAAGGGGACGCCAGCCUGUUCCUGCGUGAAGGACGAUUCCUCGCUCCGGUGUCGGAGACGCUUGUCCCGUCGGGUCGCGUUUCUGCCGGUGCCCUGCGGACACUGUCACCCUUGUGCCUGCGCCGUCAAAAUUCAGACAAGCGGCCCUACCUUCCGUUACAUGUGGAGAUCGGCGGUGUUGCCUGCGCUCGCUUUCGCUGCCAGGGAUGGGUGGAAGCGGCCAGCUCCUGCCUCAUGACGGCCCACGGCGGGCUGCGGUGCGAGUGGGCAGGGGCAUCCCCCUGGGACCCCCGCGGUGCCUGUGGGAAGGAGCAUCUCCCACGGGACCCCAGCAGUGCCUGUGGUUAG